AUGUCUGUCUCUCUCCACCAGGACUAUCAGAAUUUGCCGAUUGACAUCCAGACAAGCAAGCUCCUAGACUGGCUGGUGGACAGGAGACACUGCAACCUGAAAUGGCAGAGCCACGUACUGACUAUCCGCGAGAAGAUCAACGCGGCCAUUCAGGACAUGCCGGAGAGCGAGGAGAUCAAGCAGCUGCUCUCAGGAUCCUAUAUUCACUAUUUUCACUGCCUGAGGAUUGUGGACAUUCUUAAAGGGACCGAGGCCUCCACUAAAAAUAUCUUUGGUCGCUACUCUUCCCAGCGGAUGAAGGACUGGCAGGAGAUCCUGUCUCUGUAUGAAAAGGAAAACACCUACCUAGUGGAACUCGCCAGCCUUCUCGUGCGCAACGUCAGCUAUGAGAUCCCGUCCCUGAAGAAGCAGAUCAGCAAGUGCCAGCAGCUGCAGCAGGAGUACAGCCGCAGGGAGGAAGAGUGCCAGCUGGGGGCCACCGAGAUGCGGGAGCGCUUCUACAGCUCCUGCAAGCAGUAUGGCAUCACCGGUGAUAACGUGCGUCGGGAGCUGCUGGCCUUGGUGAAGGACCUGCCGGCGCUGCUGACGGAGAUCGGGGCUGGGGCCCGGGUGCUCUCGGAAGCCAUCGAUUUGUACCAGGCCUGUGUGCAGUUCGUGUGUGAGAGGUAGCAAGACACCUUCCUGGGGAAUGCCCCACAGAGUGAGGGGGAGGCAGACUGGUCCCUCUCUCCCCCAUUUCGAGCAGGACUUGAUCCUCUGCUUCAGUAAUUGAAUCCGGGACAGCGUGGAGGUGUUAACAGUGCUGGGCUGGGUAGCCCCAGAUCCAGGGAUGUUAGGGGGCAGGCCGGCAAGAUGUGCAGAACCCCUGAGAGGGAAGAGGAUGCUGGGGCUUCCUUCUGCUCCAGGGUGUCUUUUUCCUCCCUCCCCCAUCCUGCGGAUAAGUGGUUUCUGGAGAUCUAACACCCCCCACCUGCCGUCCUGGCUCUGGUUUCACACCCACCUUUGCUGCUCAGUUUCCCAGCUGAGAUCUGCCCUUGGAAUUCGCUGAUUGUGGAAGCCCUGGGCUUUUCCUGGCUGUUUGGGCACAUCUUUAAAUACCCAUGUUCCAGACAGAGCAUUGCCGGGCUUAGUCCCUGACCAUCUCAGCAGGAGCGCACUGCCUGGUUUGCUGCCUCCUUGGCAACUCUCCAAGGUCCCUCCUCCCUCCUUGGCUGGGGGGGGUCAGAGACCGCAAUAAGCGUGUUCCCCGUCUCUGAGCCAGUCACGUCCAGCCGGUGGCAUUGCUGGGAGAAGGGGUCGUUACCUCAGUGCCGGAGAGUCGAGCUGGGUCCUUGUUGCUGCUGCUCCUGGCGGCCGCUGUCAGGGAGAUUCCCGGUCACAGCUGAUGCAGACCCCCAGCCUGCUCCCCCAUAAGCCC